ACAAAACGACAGCGGAAGCCUCGAAGAGCAGAUCAGUCAGAAGAGAAAAGCCUCCCAUCGCUCAAAAGCCAAAACUUGGGGCAACAAGUGUUCACAGAAACAGCCAGAAAAACGAUAGCAACAGCAACAACAGCAACAGCAACAGCAGCAGUGCAGAGACUGAAAUAUCUGUGGAUAAAACAAAGAACUUAACAGAACAAGGGGAGACAACCAAUUUGUGGGGGGCAAGUGGGUCAAGAAGACGUGGCACUAUUGACAGCAGCAGUGAGGCAGAGACCGCAAGACUUCUACCUGGAUGCGGGGACUCUGGACUGCCUGGUCAAGUUAACGACCCUAGAAGCAGACGUGAUGGCUACUCUGUGCCGCGAGUGUGUCAAGCCUCAAGUCAAACAGACAGGUCGGAUGACCCCGGAUAUGUCGGAUUUCAUGGAUCAGUGCUUGCAUGUUGAGCCCACGAGCCGACCGACUGCCUCGUCGUUACUGGACCACAAGUUUCUGACGACGUCGGCAACAGUUGAUGAGCUCAAGGCCGUGGUGGGGAUAAUGCACAGCGCUGCUUUGAGAAAGAAAAAGAAGCAUCUGUUCAAACGAGCGGGCCCCGUCGAGCAAGAUAACUCUGGCACAGCUUCGCCUCCAGUCGGUGACAAGCGAAGUGACAUCACGGACUCUGCAACUGUUUCGGCGUCUGCCACGCUGUCUGAUCAAUCGGUUGAUGACUCUUCAACUGCCAGGCCAGCUAACGCAGUGGGAUACUGCAUCAUGACCUUGCAAGGUCAAGUAGGAUAUCUGGGAAUUCCGUGUUCUCCCAAAGUAGUUUGGACACCUCACAGAGCAUUGACUACGCCUCAUCUACCGAUAACGACUUACACUACGACGAUGAUGAUGAUGACUUCGACGAUGACUAUUUCACGGAUGACGAUUUCAUGGAUGAUGAUUUCUCCAAUGAGUAUACGAAUCUGCAUGAUGUGUCCAUGGAUGAUGAGAAAAGAGAAGGAGAAGAAGAGAAAAAUGGAAAAGAAGCUCCUAUUUAUGAGGAUGUAGAAAGAUUGAGUGCUUUGGUUGUCAUUAAAGACAAAGCCCACAGGGUGGCUUAUGAGUUGAUGAUGACGGAGAAGAACUACGUGGAGGAAUUACAUCUUUUGCAUUGUGUUUUCUUCGGCGAGCUGGUGGCCCAGAACAACCAACGCAACUUCGUGUCCAUGACUUCGCUACAGUGUAUCUUCUCCAACCUCUCCAGCAUCUACCAGUUCCACCACGGCUUACUGUUUCCAGACCUUGUAGAGAGACUCAGAAACUGGUCAGAGAAACCUAAGAUAGGGGAUGUCACCAAGAAGUAUGCCCCUUUGCUCAAAAUGUACUCGGAAUAUGUCAGUAAUUUCCCCGUGGCAAGCAAACUGCUGAGAGAUCUUUUGGGAAGGUGUCAAAAGUUUGCCAGGGCUGUCAAAGAAAUUGAGAAACUUGAAAGGUGCAAGAAGCUGACGUUGUUAAACCAUCUGCUUGAGCCUGUACAGCGCGUACCUCGAUAUAAGCUAUUCUUAGAAAUUCAACGACCUUGUGCUGAUAUGCCUUCCUCAAGCCAUGGGCACGCACACCGUGAAAUGUGCUCUAGACGUGGAUGGCAUGCUGAUCAAACCAGGAGUCUUCCCCUACAUGAAAGACACAUUUAUUGUGCACAGUAGACAGAGAGCUGUUGAGUUGCAGGACUGGAAUAUGAACAAUGAAGCUACCAAGUGGCGAGAGAAAAUUCAAGAGGUCAUCGACAAAUACAAAGAACAGCGCAAAUCCCGCGGGGAGUUGGAGACGUCACUGGACUUGGAUAACCCUGAAAAUCUACUGGGCGAGAUGGCCCCCCUGUGGGUGCCUGAUUCGGCAGUGACAUCCUGCAUGGUGUGUGAUGCGCAGUUUGGCAUGGUCACUCGGAAACACCACUGUCGGUGUUGUGGAAAGGUUAUUUGUAAAAGCUGUUGCAAGAAGAUGACUCUCUCAUUCAUGAAGGGAGAUAAACAGCGUGUCUGUGUCGCUUGCUACGCCGUGGUGGAGAGCCGCAGAAACGAAUGCAAGUCUAUCAGCUUUGAGCCCACUGAGGAGGCAGAGGACGGUGGCCCAGACAGGAAGAAAUCCACUAAGAUCAACCGUCAAGCUCUCUUAAGCCAGCUGCAGGAAUUGGAGAAAGAAAAGGCUACGAUAACUAGUGAACUAUAUGCUUUACAAAGAGAAGGGGGACGAAUAGGAGCUUCCAUUACCAUUGAUAAGUUUCACUAUGUACAGCAUAAGAUUUAUAAUCUCAAGGAACAACUGUCUGCCGAGGAAGACAAGAGGGAGGCGGGUGAAGGUAUCUACGACCCACAGUGGGACAGCACACAGACCGCCGCCCCGCCACAAGCUCAAGAUAAAUCUGCUGAAUCAGCCAUCUCCGAGUCUCAAAUCUCUUGUUCUGAAACAUCAGCUCAAGCUCGGAGACUCACAGUGUUGUACAAAUUUGAAGGCACAGAGGAGAUGAUGGUGUCCAUUGAGGAAGGAGAGGAGGUGGAGGAAGUGGAGGCGGACACAGGGGAUGGCUGGACCAAAGUACGUACGUCUGACGGGAGAGUUGGGUUGGCCCCUGCGUCAUAUCUCGACCCGGUGUCGGAAAACUGAUGUUUCCCAGCCCGUGCUCUGACACAGCGUAACUGUCACCACGCAUGCACAGAGGUUCAUUCAACUUUGUUACUGUGAAUAUUUUACGGAUGUUUUGUGCCAUUCUUACCAUUGUUACUGUUAACAUAUAUGGUUGCUUUUAAGCACAUCGGGGCUAUCGCCACGCAUGCACAGAGGUUCAUUCAACUUAAUUACUGUGAAUAUUUUACGGAUGUUUUGUGCCAUUCUUAGCAUUGUUACUGUUAACACACGGUUGCUUUUAAGCACAUCGGGGCUAUCCCGAAAAAUUCUUUUUUGAGAAAAUUGAAGGUAAAGUUUUUAG